AUGGUUAUAAAUGAUUUUGUUAAAAAAUCAAAAUUGUCUAUUAAUCUAGAUGGGGAGAUAUAUUCAUUAUCAGAAUAUCGUUCAAAUCUAAGAAUGCUGCAAAUAUUGAAACAAAUUGAUGAUAAGUUUUGGAUAAUAUAUAAAGUUGUACGUCGAUGGGCUAUAAAUAAUUCAAUUUUUGGAGAAAUAUUUGGAUUAUUAAAUGAAAAUAUAAUUUUAAUUUUGGUUUAUAAAAUAAUUGAGGAAAAUAAGAAGGAAAAUUCGAUUUUAAUUUUAAUUGAGAAAAUGUUUAGUGAAUUAAUUGAAAUAAAUAAUGAGAACAAUAAAAUUAUAAAAAUAGAAGAAGAAAUUAAUGAAAAUGUUGAGGAUUGGAAUUUAGAUUUGGAUAUAGAAAGAAGAAAAUUCGAGUUGGAGAAUAAUGGUUUUGCUAGUUUAUUGUCUUCAGAUAAAACAAAAAUUAUUUGGGGAAUAAUUAAUUUAGGUUAUCCACCACAAAAUGUUGCUUAUACAAUUAAUUAUUAUACACAAAUUAUAAUUAAAGAAAAAAUGGAAAUUGCAAUUAAACAAUUAAAUGAAAUUGAAAAGUUGGAAAAUGGAAAUGAAAUUAAAAGAGAAUUGAAUAAAUGGAUAAAGGGAAAAGAUUUUGUAAAUAUGUAUCAACAUUAUUCACUUGUUAUUUGUGCCUAUUCUCCAGACAGUUUGGGAGGUCCUUCACUUUGUGAUGUAAUUGAAAGUCAUUUAACAUUUCUUUUGAUAAAAAAAUUUGAAACAUUAAAAUUUAUUGAAUAUUUUCAUAUAAACCCAAAAGCUUUAUUUAAAAGAGAAAAUUGUCCAAAAGAAACAGGAAUUAAAGAAGAGGAUUGGAAAUGUACUGGUUGGAUUAUUGGAUUUAAAAUUUUAAAAGAAGAAGAAAUUAAGGAAAAUAUAGAAUUAAAAAAUAAAAUUAAAUCUUUAAAAGAAAAUGAUUUUAAAAAAUAUAUUGACAAAAAUGGAGAAGAGGGCAAAAUUAAAAUUGGAGCUUCUUAUUUAAAUGAGAAGAAAUUUAAAGAAUUUAUCGCUGCAUAA